AUGACGAUGCCGCCCCGUGGAAACAACUUUCCCCGCCGCAAUCGCGUGAUUAGUGGCUUAACACUCGGUACGCUUGUUGUUGAGGCGUCCGAUCGGAGCGGUUCGCUCAUUACAGCGCGCCACGCCGCUGAUCAGGGACGUGAGGUGUUUGCUGUGCCGGGGCAAAUCUUUUCCAAUGUAUCGCGAGGCACCCAUUCCCUCAUCAAUCAGGGAGCGACAUUGAUUAAUAGCGUUGAUGACCUGCUUGAUGCGUUGCCCCAAGACUACACGAAGGUCUUGGGAGGAGAAUCGACCGAAACAACUCGCCAACCCCCUCCUUCAAAGCGGUCUGACAAGGUUGCUCCCCCUCAAUCAACCCAAAAGGGAUCGACCCCUACCUCUCAGCCGAAGGCAAAAGUAGACCCCAAUCUAACUCCUGAUGAACAGACUGUGCUGUCAGCAAUUGAUGCCGAUAGCGUCCAUAUUGAUGAGAUUACGCGGGUGACGCAGCUGCCGAUCGGAAAGGUUUCCUCGCUGCUGGUCAUGCUCGAGUUGAAGGGAGUUGUUCAGCAGCUGCCGGGGAAACAGUUUGUAAAAAAAUAG